AGGGACUUCAAAAAAUUCAACUUACCGCUGGAUUUCUCGCUCCUACCAACUCCUCCCGUGGAAACUUCCCACCAUGAACACCGCCUGGACUUUUACGUACAACUUUCCACCAUUUUCCACCUUUGUUUUGUAGUUUUAAGCAACUUUAAACGGAUCCAGUCGCUGCGUUUUGGCUGCGUUUCGGCUGCGUUUUACGUGCGUUUUGGAGCUACCUUUCAAACUCGAUCCAUGUACCGAGACGAGGCGACACCGGAGGACGUGGGCUCUGCUCGGGGCUGAACACCGCCGCCAUCCCGGGCUUGGGGAGAUCCGAUUCUGCGGGAAACAGGAGCAGAAAUUGAGCCGAAGCGAUGAAAAUGACAAUGGCGAUGGAAAGUAACUUCAAGCUCGCGUUGAAGAAGACGCCUUCGCUUCGCACCGCGGAGGACCUCCACAUGAUCUACUGUCACCUGUACCACAUGGACGUGCUCUCCCACCUCCGAGAACAUCAGCUACGGUCCAUGUGCACGUCAGCCCGAUACGAGCGACACGAGGCCAACCACAUCCUGUUCUACCCGGACACUAUCGCCACCUGCUGGUACAUUCUGCUCACUGGCUCCGUGUUUGUGAAAGAGCACAUGUACUUGGCCCGCUGCUGUUUUGGGAAGCAGCCUGGAGGCCGACGGGGCUGUGAAUGCAUCACUCUGGAACCUUCAGAAAUGAUCGUGGUGGAGAACGGCAGCGAGGCGGAUGAGACCUUCCUCCAAAGAGAAGAGUCCCAGAGGAGAUCGAGGAGGAGGUUCAGAAGAAUCAACCCCAAAGGAGAGCGAGAGGUCAUCACUGAUACUCCAGAGCCCAACUCCUACGACACGGACUAUGUCAACAACAAGCUUCCUGCCGACCUAAAUAAGAUGCAGCUCACAGACCACGCCCACCAGGUCACCCAGAGCCAAUCAGGAUGCAGCAUCGCCAGUGACUCCGGGAGCAGCAGCCUGUCUGACAUCUACCAGGCGACAGAGAGCGACCUGGGGGAUGUGGACCUCUCGGGGCUCCCUGAAGCCGCCGUGGACUCGGAGGAAGAGGAGGAGGAGGAUGAAGAUUUGGAGCGAGCCUCAGACGCUCUGCUGGGACGAGACCUGGUCCGAGAGUGUCUGGAGAAAGACCCUCAGGAUCGAAACGACGACGACAUCGAGCAGUUGUUGGAGUUCAUGCAUCAGCUCCCGGCGUUCGCCAACAUGACGAUGUCGGUGCGGAGGGAGCUCUGCGGCGUCAUGGUGUUUGAGGUCGUGGAGCAGGCGGGCACGGUCAUACUGCAGCACAGACAGGAGUUGGAUCACUGGUACGUCAUCCUGAACGGCUCCGUGGAAAUCUCCUACUCCGACGGCCGAGUGGAGCUCCUGUGUAUGGGGAAUAGUUUUGGGAUUUCUCCGUCUCUGGACAAACAGUUCAUGACCGGAGAGGUGCGGACCAAAGGGGACGACUGCCAGUUGGUCUGUGUGGCUCAGGAGGAUUACUGGAGGAUUCUAAACCAUGUGGAGAAGAACACGCACAAAGAGGAGGAGGAGGGCGAGAUCGUCAUGGUGAAGGAACAUCGAGAACUGGACCGGAGCGGAACCAGGAAGGGGCACGUGGUCAUCAAGGGCACUCCGGAGCGUCUGAUCAUGCACUUGGUGGAGGAGCCGUCGGUGGUGGAUCCCACGUACAUCGAGGACUUCCUGUUGACCUACAGGACCUUCCUGUCCAGUCCCAUGGAGGUCGGCUCCAGACUGCUGCAGUGGUUCCAGGUGCAGACGCUCAGGGACACGGUCACCAGAAUCGUGCUGCUCUGGGUCAAUAACCACUUCAACGACUUCGAGGGCGACUCGGCCAUGACCCGCUUCCUGGAGGAGUUUGAAAAGCACCUAGAGACCGCGAAAAUGAAGGGUCACCUGCGCCUGUUGAACAUCGCGUGUGCGGCGAAGGCCAAGUGUCGACAGAUCACGCUGCAGAAGGCGGCGCGGGACUCGUGUUUGUACUUUAGCGUUCAGGGCGGCUGCGAGCGCGGCUUCGGGAUCUUCGUGGAGUCUGUGGAGCCCUCGAGCAAAGCGGCCGAGGAGGGGCUGAAGAGGGGCGACCAGAUCCUGGAGGUCAAUGGGCAGAACUUUGAAAACAUCUGUCUGACCAAAGCAGUGGACAUCCUGAGGAACAACACCCACCUGUCCCUCACCGUCAAGACCAACAUCUUUGUCUUCAAAGAGCUGCUGAGCCGAGUCGUGCACGAGAAGAAAAAUGGCGUCCCUCACAUCCCGAAGAUCCAGGAGAAAAAGGGGAAUCGCUUCUCCAUCCCAGAUCUGCCCGGGGACAUGGAAUUCCCCACGGACCACAAAAGCACCAGGAAAAUGAAGGCCAACACGGUGACCGGGGGCCGGAACCGCAUCAGGAAAAUGUUGGAGAAGACGAGGUUCAGCAUUUUACCUCCAAAACCGUUCAGUGAUGGAGGUCUGGGUCAGUCUCAGGAUGACAGUAUCGUGGGGACUAAACAGUGCAGACACAGCGUGGCCAUUAUGCCCAUCCCCGGAAACCUGUCGUCCAGCAGCCCCGACCUGUUCCAACCCAACGCCAGUGUCCUGGACUUCUCCAACCCCGCAGACAUCCCAGAUCAGGUGAUCCGCGUGUUCAAGGCCGACCAGCAGAGCUGUUACAUCAUCCUGAGCAAAGACACCACGGCCAAAGACGUGGUCGCGCACACGGUGAACGAGUUUGGGCUCCUCGCCGCUCCAGAGACCUACUCCCUGUGUGAAGUGUCUGUGAGUCCAGAGGGGGUCAUCAAACAGAGGAGGCUCCCAGACCAGCUGUCCAAACUCGCUGACCGCAUCCAGCUCAACGGCAGAUACUACCUGAAGAACAACAUGGAGACAGAGACGCUGUGCUCGGAUGAGGACGCUCAGGACUUGCUGAGGGAGAGCCAGAUUUCGCUGCUGCAGCUCAGUACGAUGGAGGUGGCCGCUCAGCUCUCCAUGAAGGACUUUGAGCUGUUCAGGAACAUCGAGUCCACAGAAUAUGUGGACGACCUGUUUAAGCUGGACUCGUCUUCGGGCAGUGGGAACCUGAAGCAGUUUGAGGAGGUGAUGAACCAGGAGACGUUUUGGGUGGCGUCUGAAAUCCUGAAGGAACCGAACGCCUUAAAACGAAUGAAAACCAUAAAACAUUUCAUCAAGAUCGCUCUGCACUGCCGCGAGUGCAAGAACUUCAACUCCAUGUUCGCCAUCAUCAGUGGUCUGAACCUGGCUCCGGUGGCUCGCCUGAGGAGCACGUGGGAGAAGUUACCCAGUAAAUACGAGAAGCUCUUCAGUGACCUGCAGGACGUUUUUGACCCGUCUCGAAACAUGGCCAAGUAUCGAAACAUCCUGAGCAGCCAGAGCAUGCAGCCGCCAAUCAUCCCCCUGUUCCCCGUGGUCAAGAAGGACCUCACCUUUCUGCACGAAGGUAACGACUCGAGUGUAGACGGUUUGGUGAACUUUGAGAAACUUCGAAUGAUCGCCAAAGAAAUCCGCCACGUUGUUCGGAUGACCUCCGCCAACAUGGACCCAGCGCUCAUGUUCAGACAAAGGUCUUUGAGCCAGGGCAGCACAAACUCCAACAUGCUGGACGUCCAGGGAGGAGGACAUAAGAAGCGAGUCCGGAGGAGUUCACUGCUCAACGCUAAGAAACUCUACGAAGACGCUCAGAUGGCUCGAAAAGUCAAACAGUAUCUGUCCAACCUGAACGUGGAGACGGACGAAGAGACGCACCAAAUCAUGUCUCUGCAGUGUGAGCCCUCGUACAGCACACUGUCGAAAAACUUGAGCGAGCGACGCUCCACCAAGUCGGACGUGUCUCCAGUGUCUCUGCGCUCGGCUCUGCCUUCGGCCAAAACCCAGAACAGAGUCUCACAAGUUCUACAAGUCCAAGUGCCACUCAACCCACUGAACCCACUCAACCCACUGCGCAAAAAGAGCACGGCCAAGGACAUAGGCACAAACUCGGGCUCUCCACAGGUCGUCAAGAAAGCUCCAGGCCCCAGCACUGAGGAGUGGAGCAGUCUGAAUGUGACCUCCAGCCCAACUGUGUCCCCACAAGGCUCCCCCAGAAAGGUCGGUGGACCACAGAAGAACUGCAGCCAAAUGAAUCUGUCCGGCUCGUCAUCGUCACUGACCAGCGACGCUAGCACCAAGGCUAGCACGAUUAGCCUGCGCAGCUACGGCAUAGGUUACGCGCUGCUGCCGCCCGGGAGAGCUGAGAAUCUAUCCGACUCCAGCCACAGCGAGAUUUCGAGUAUCUGUUCUGUCGACUCGAAUCCCACCGCCUCAGACGACAGGGCGAGUAGUACGAGGACCUGUACGAAUACUACUACUACUACUACUACUGCAAAUACUGUGUGUACUGCAGUACCAGAGAGCACACCCGCAAUAUACGCACACUCCAGUCUGGACUACAGCCAGCCCAGCACAAGCUCCUCUCUUCUGGCUCGCGGCUGCCUCUCUCGUGUCGCCCCCUCUCUCUCCUCAGAAGACCUGACCUCCGACCCCUCGUCUCAGGCUGCGGACUGUGCGGCCGACAGCGGGCGGGGCAGCUGGACUUCCUGCUCCUCCAACUCCCAUGAUUCCUUUCAAAGCCUGCCGGCCUCCUCCUGCCGCCCCUGGGACCACGGCACCCACGGGCACCCCCUGACUCUCUCCCUACCCCACGCACACGUCCCCGGGUACAGGCAGACUCCCCUGGCCGCGCCCAUAGCGGAGUCCAACCCCGGCGGGCACGGCAGCUAUGUUUGGGCGGGUAACAGUCAGCAGGAAUCCCGGGACUCAAACUUGCACCUGUCGCGGCAGAGCUGGGCGUCGUCCAGCUCGUUAUCAGACACUUACGAAGGGAAUUACGGCACGGUGAAAAGGCGGAAUACUUCAGAACACCCCGCGUCCCCGACCAAUGAGGAGGCAGGACAGAGCACAGACCCCGCCUACAAAACGGUCACCUCCAGCACAGACAAAGGCCUGAUCGUGUACUGUAUCACGUCUCCUUCCAAAGAUGAGAGAUUCAGAGCUGCCCCUCCCACCCCUCCAGGAUACCAGGGGCUGGCUCUGGGGGACCUGGCCCUGUCCGACGGGACGGUGGCGGCCGCUUUACCCCGGAACCCCCUCCUCAAACCCCCCGAGUACACCGUCGCCCUGCAGAGGAGUAAACUACUGCAGCGCCCCCUCCUGACGACACCAGGGCACAGCAGGCCGGCCUCCAUCUGUGUCCCCCCGCGUGGACUGGACAGUGAGGACGAUGAACAGGUGUCUGCAGUCUAGAGACAGACUCACAAUGAUGACCUCAGACUGACCCCGAGCCCAUCGUCCAAUCACGUCGCAGCAUCCUCCCACGGACCAUAAUGCACCACCCCCCCCCCCCCCCCCACGGAGACAAAUAUCAUCUCUUUAAUGAACGAGAGAAAAAGACUUUUUAAAAAAACUCUUUGAAUCAAACUGAAAAAUAUGAACAAAGAAACGAAGGAAGCAGUUUGGACGUUUUGAGAAGCUCCACAGACCUCCACGGGCGGCCAUUUUGGAUCGGUUUCACAUGUACAGUUUGCGUUUUGUACAGUGUUUUUUUGCAAAGUGAGAUUAGCUACGAGCAAAAGGGACACGAAGCUAGAGCUAGUUUUUAAAAA